AUGGACAAGGAAAUCAUUUUAAUAGUGAGUUUAAAAGCGUCAGUAAGGAGCAGUAUGGAGGUGCUCUGGUUGUGUUACUCCACUCCGACUCCUCAGAGUGCACAUCAGCUACUCACUCUAUUUACUCUCUGUUUCUUCAUGGCUGUGAUCACUGCCGCCCUACUUUUCCACUGGCUCACAGACUUUCUAAAAUAUGAUAUUCAGACAGCAAGUGUCGCAGCUGUUAUCCAUGCUACAGCUGUGUUCAUCCUGUCAUCUCUCAUCCAUCCAUUCCGAUGUGCCUUCACGUUGAUCUUCCCAACAUUGGGCACAAGACAGGGCCGUAAACUCCUCAUGUCCACAGCUGUGAUGAUUGUUGUGCUUUAUGUCCUUCCCAACAUGGUUGCCAACAUUUCAACUCUAACACAUGUUGUGAAAUGUGCAUCAGAAAAGCUUACGCAAAGUCUCCUGAGCAGCUCAGAGCUCAUCAACACCAUAAAGGACAAUAUAGUCAAAACAGCCGAAGAGAGUGUGGAAGCGACUUUGGUGCACACACUGCGUGAUUUUGAUCACACUACAAAUAUUAAUGUUUCAGAAGUGAAGGAACGGUUGAAUUUCUUGAGUAAACAAGUGCAGGAGGAUUUCUCUGAAUUUAAAAGUCAAGUACAGGAUUUAAAGCUGGUAACAAGCAGAAUCUUUGCAGCCGUUUUUGUUCUGUAUUUGUUCACAGAGUCUGUCAUUUACCUCCGAUCAUAUUUGACGUCUGUGAGAUUUGACAACACAUAUAUCACAGGUGGGCUGAGGAGCAAAGCGACCAGUAAAGGGAUCACUGUUGAAGCAAAGGAUGUGAAAAAUGGGGUGAACUCCACCAGUUUCAGAAUAACUAAAAGGGAAAUUUGCAGAUGUCUGGCUCCCUCGGUGGUGAUAACUCUGUAUCUACUGAUGACAAUUUUUCUGAUAGUGCUGGACCACUUCUUGCACUCCUUAGUGAAAUCAGGUGGCACUUGGAUUUCCAACAUACCAUCAAGCAACGUCAGCAUUAACAUCCACUUCAAGGUUGAAACUAUGCUCCACAUCUGUAAGCUUUUUAACUCAGACUGUCUGGUAGAACUGUUUAACUUCAACAAAUCUUACACAGCCCUCAUUCACUCAGAUCCAAAUGUGUGUGAUGCCCAGCCCAGUAAGCUGAACCCAAGUGCAGUGACGGCGCUGGUUUUCCUGUAUCUGCUCAGCUACACUAUGCUGCUUCUGGAGGUGUAUGCACGACGCCUUCGGAGGAAAGUUGCAGCUUCUUUCUUCCAGCAGCAGGAGGACAGAAGAAUUGAAUUCCUUAUUCAAAAAAUUCAAGCCAAGCAACAAACAAGACAAAAUCAAGUUUUCUUUAUAGAAACCAAACACCAGGAUGAAGAUACCAAGAAACAGAUCUCCGGGAUGGCAAGGGAAUAAACUGAUAAAAUCAUUGAUGCAGAAAUUCAUCCUAAAUAUAUCUGUGACAUACAGUAUCUGUACAGUCCGGGAUCAUGGGGUCUUUCAGGUUCCUGGGCACUGCAAUCCCCAGAACCUGAAAUUGAAGACCUUUUCAGACUCCAUUGUGAAAAAGGCCCUUUGCCAGCUUAGAAAGUUCAACCAGCCACACGAGCUGCUGAUUCAGUUCUUCUCAGCUUUUUUAAGGUCUGUCUUGUGCACUUCUAAAACUGUCCACCAAAAUGGCUAUAAAAAGACUGCACCAAACAGUCAGAACCGCUAAAAGGUUAUUUGGUACACCCCUGCACUCCUCACAUGAUUAAUACAACUCCUGACUGACAUAAUCACACAAGAAAUCGACAUGCUGUUUCCGAAUGUUCAAAUACCCUGAAAUCAACCCCAUUUUGCCUAAUUACUGACAAGCGCCAUUCCCCAUUUCCCAAAUUACUAGCAAGCACCAUCUGCUAUCAGACAUUUAUGCAUCAGUUUAUGAUUGUGUUUACCUUUCCCUGUGGUGCUAGAGUGCAUUUUGCAGGUAAUAUCUUAAACACACGUUCUAGUCUCAUAAAAAACAGCAAGGAAUCACGUUCAUUUUGAGACACUGGUUCGGGUCUUGAGGAAACCAAGAAGUAAUCAUGUUCACAUAAACAGUGAUGAGCACAAUGCAGAGGUUGCAUUUUCCCUCUAAAAUGACAUUUUUACUCCAUUGACGGAUAGGUUUAGGGUUCUGGUCUAGGUUAGGGAGUAUGGUUAAUAAAAUAUGCAUUCACGUGGACUGAACUACAUCAUUUAUUACUAAAAUUAUUAGUUUUUUGUGCCACCCUACAGAUAUUUGACUUCAACAACCCUUUGAGCUUUGGCCACUGGGGGCAGUGGUUUCAAA